AAAUGUGCAGCAGCAGCAGCCAGUGGAGGCUGAGAGUAACGAGGUCCUCCUUCCGCUGUCCGUAUGUGCAGAGAGCAGUCUGAUAUCGCUGGGAGGAAAAUGGCAUGCGGGCUGUGGAAAGAGACCCUGGCUCUGGCAGAGGACUACCUGUCCCUGUGCUGCACAAGCCCCCAGCCAGCCCCUCAACCUCCCAGCGAGUCAGCCGCUGCCAUGAGGCGCAUGGCCCAGGACAUGGAGACGCAGCACCAGGCUCGCUUUCAGUCCCUGGCUCAGACCUUCCUGAGGCAGUGCGGGCCGGACCCCUGCUCCAGCCUCAGGAAGGUGAUGGAGGAGCUGGUGGGAGACGGACACUUGAACUGGGGGAGGGUUGUUUCCAUUUUCACCUUUACUGGGGUGCUGGCCAGACAGCUGCUCGAGCAGAAGGACUCAAAGCCGGGGCUGGACCCUGGAAGAUGCAGUGCACUGGCGGAGACCAUCGCUGAUUACCUGGGAGAGGAGAAGAGAGAGUGGCUGCUGGAGAAUGACGGAUGGGUAGGUCGUAACAACAUGUCUGCUCCUAAACUGAUUGACUCAUACAGGAGGUAGUGUAGAGCUGAAAGUCACGCCUAGAUAAAAGAAAUGCUUUGAUUGUAUCUAGGGCAGUAAAUUAGUUUAAAAACACAACAGUAAAAAAUCCCAGGGAGACCACGAAGUGAAAGUGAUGUUUUUAGGCGUCUGGUUGUUGGAAACCACCGAGUCUGAUAGGAUCGUGUUUCCUUUCUGCUCGGUUAUAUAUUCAGAUGUACGUGUAAACGUGGCUUAAAAUAUGGCCAGGGCUUAGUUUAGAUGCAGCCUUUUGGACUUUACUGUUUGCACAUGAGACGAGCGCGGGGACGUCUCAUGUGGCUGCUGUGAUUAUAUGAAUUGUAGAGUAGCAACAGGCCAGUUUCUGAGGAAUGUAUGUUACAACAAGACCAACCUCUGCAGUGUAAAUCCAGAGCUGUGAUCAAACAGUGUUUGGCUUUAGAUUAUCAGGUUUUUCGUAAUGGUCAGACAGCCGCUGGGUUGUCGGGCAGUAUUGUACUGUAUACUGGAAAUGAAAAGGACAAAGCUUAUUUUAAACCUGCUUGCUGUGGCUUAUUUGACUGGAAAUGCUUAAAGGGAUGGUUAUUGUAGAACAGCUACAGUUGAAUGUCUGCUUUUGUGAAUGGGCUUUCCCUGGCCCCCUCCCAAACUCCCACACAAACACACACACACACACACACGCACACACUUACCCAGAGCCAAGCAAAGUCCCUGCACAUCUCAUCUCAUUCCCUUCAUAGUGCAGAGAAAAGACUCAAGUGUCACAAAUGUUCCUGUUCCCGCAGAGGCCAGUGGCAACUCUCAAAGCUUUUGCUGCUUCCAAGCCUCCUGCCUGUGCCUUCUCACUCUCACUCUCUGCACAUAUCCCUUACUCUGCUCACUCUU